CAAAACAGGAAGUGACGCAUUUUUUGUCAUGCGCACGAAAUUGGUUGGCAAGAACCAUUCAUAAAAAUCGUAAUGGCAGACACUAGUAAUUCUAUCUCACCUGAUCAAUUAUACUCGUCUUAUGUAAACUCCUUAACACCAGACGCUAAACAGAGAUACCAGACUAAGCUUUUAUACGCUUACGGCACAAAAUCAUUACCAGAUCCUUACGUUUUGACCGAUAAAUGGAGCACAAACCCAUGCACCUGGCCUGAUUUGACCUUCGGUGAUAUUUAUGUGUAUUUGAUUGACACACCUUCCAUCUUCACAAAAGACUCAAUGAAAGCCUACAAGUCGUUAGAGGCAUACAAUUAUGUUGUUAGUGGACAUGUGCAGGUUGUGCUAACACAUCAAGUAUCUGAUGACUCACCUUUUAUUGCCAUUAAAGCCAAAGUGACGCCAUCUCAACGUGCCAGGGAAAAGCCACAUCAACCUUGGGUCUACUUAGAUAAAGCCAGUGCGUCAGUGUUUUGUGCACACUGUACAUGUAUGGCAGGGUUGGGUGAAGUAUGCAGCCAUGUUGGUGCACUUCUUUUCAAGAUUGAAAUGGGAGUAAAGAUGGGGCUUACUCUGUCAAGCUCGACAAGCAAGGCAUGCCAGUGGAAUAGUACAUUUAGAAAAGAGGUGAUACCUGCUACAGUGACAGAGAUUUGUGACAAAAUCAAAGGCAAAAGAACCAAAGAAGUUGUCUCCAUUCAAGCAGAUGGCUCAUCUGUUCUACCACAACCUGAAGUCCUAGAUGAACUAUAUGCUCUGGUACCAAAUGCUGCAUUUUUUACAUCAGUGACAGCACCCUCACAGAUUGUAGAGAGUCAACCAGUAGCAACUUACACAGAAAAGUAUCCUAAGCUGUUGCAAUCACUACAAGAUCCAGACAUUUCAGACAUCAACAUUGACAGUCAUUGCAAAGACAUUUUCUCAGGCUACUUGUGUUCAGACUACCAAGCUACAAAUUUAGAAGCCGCAACAAGGAACCAAGCCAUUAGCCCACUAUGGUUUCAACACCGUAUGGGGCGUGUUACAGCAUCUAAGGCCCACGACGUUUGGACACGCAAAGACACCACAUCGCCUGACGUUUUAGUAAAGCGUAUUGUUGGGUAUUCAUCAUAUGACCUGUCCAAAAAAGCUGCUGUCAAGUGGGGAGUCGACCAUGAAGAAGAAUGCAGACAAGCCUACAUCACCAACCAAAGCACACAACACAUUGAUUUUGAAUGUAAUUUGUCAGGUUUUACUGUAAACAAUCAACACCCAUUCUUGGGAGCCAGUCCCGAUGGCAUUACCAACUGUCAAUGUUGCGGUAAAGGACUAAUUGAGAUUAAGUGCCCAUACAAGCAUAAGGACAUUACUGUUAUGCAAGCUGCAUCAUCUGAUAAAGACUUUUGUUUGGACAAGUCUCUACACCUCAAGACCAAGCACAGAUACUACACCCAGGUACAAUUCCAGAUGUUUAUCCUCCAACUGACAUUUUGUGACUUUGUUGUCUACACUAAGUGUAAGCCUUCACCCAGUAUGGUUAUAGUUAGAGUGCCCAUUGAUGUAAACUUUUGUCAUGCCUUAAUAAGCAAAUGUGAACUCUUUGUGAAAACAUAUGUUAUAAGGGAGUUAGUCACCAGACAGCUGGAAAACCAACAAGCCACAACACAACCACCAGAAGAAAACAACAACGAAAGAGAGACAUGGUGUUUAUGUGCCGAACCGGAAUACGGCAGAAUGAUCAAGUGUGAGAAAUCAGAGUGUCCAUAUCAGUGGUUUCACUACAAGUGUGUUAAUAUUAGACGAAAGCCAAAGGGAAAGUGGUAUUGUUUGAGCUGCAGUGAAUAGACUUGUACUCAACAUUGUGUUAUUUUGACUUUGUUAUGUAUUAAAAGAUUAAUGCUAAUGGUUGUAACCAAUGUAUUUUGUGGGUUUUUUUCUGUACAUAUUGUCUCAUUACUGCUUGCAUGUUUUAUUUUGAUAAAACUCAUCAAGAAAGAUGAAGACCGAUAGUAAAUAAACAUCAUUUAUUUUAUCAUAAUGCAUGUACAUUUUUAAUAAACUCAAGUUCACAUUGCACAUAUACAUGUAUCAUUUCUUGAAAAGGUAAACUUUUUUCAAUGUACAUAUAUCAAAACUAUUGUUUUAUUUAACCAAUUAUUUUUUAUUGCAUAUUUAAUUGUACUAUAGGUUAUUCCAUAACAAUAUUGAAAUAGUAACUGUUUUGAAAUGUUUACAUAAAGUAUAUCAAAUGUAUUUUACUUCUUCAUUUAUAUAUCAAAAGUACAAUCAGUAAAUCAAGACACAAGUUUAGGAUGUAAAUUACACACUGCUGAACAUAAUGUAACAAUACUGUCUGAAUGAGGCACCAAAUAAAUGCUCAUAUUACUACUUAAAA